GCCUGCCUGCAACCCCCAGUGCUGCUGCUGGUGCUGCUGCUGCCACCUAAAUGGAGCCCGUGAUGUAAAUACAAGCAUGGCGAGGGCAGCGGAUGGAACACGCCGCCUCACGUGUGCUUGACAUCGGAUCAUUUCUUCCCGACGUCGACGCGUCUCGCGGACGAAGCGCCUUCACGCCUCCAUGCCUUUGACUUGAUGCUAAGAGACGCCAAAGCGAGACGCGACGCGAGAGGCUUCUCCCUGAAAAGCGAGACAACAACAACAACAAAAUAGAGACUCGGGAUUAAAGCGGGUCAUUAUGACCUUAGUCGCCUCCAGCGCAAGGAAACCAUCGGAUUGCGUUCAGGCGGCCGCGUUGUGCUUGCAUCUCUUGCUUUGGAUUGCGUGUGCAGUGUCCGGAGAGGAGCACCAGCACUUCAGCGUCGAGGGAUGGCUACAAAGGUACGGCUACCUCCCACGCACAGAACCCAAAAUGUCCGUCCUGCGCUCGGCCCAAACCAUGCACUCGGCCAUCGCCGCCAUGCAGCGCACCUACGGCCUCAAUGUCACCGGGACGCUGGAUGAGAGGACCAAGGAUGAUAUCACGCUGAGUUGGAUGCAGAAGCCCCGCUGCGGCGUUCCAGACACGCUCAAGAGUGCUUCGAGGUCACGGAGGCGGAGAUACGCGCUGACAGGACAGAAGUGGCAGCGUACGCACAUCACCUACAGCAUAAAAAAUGUCACGCCAAAGGUGGGCGCCCGCGAGACCCACGACGCCAUCCGCCGGGCGUUCGACGUGUGGCAGGGAGUGACGCCGCUGCGCUUCGAGGCCGUCCCCUACAGCGCCUUGGAGACGGGCCGGCGCGAUGUGGACAUCACCAUCAUCUUCGCCUCGGGUUUCCACGGCGACAGCUCGCCCUUCGACGGAGAGGGCGGCUUCCUCGCCCACGCCUACUUCCCUGGGCCCGGCAUAGGGGGCGACACCCACUUUGACUCGGAUGAGCCUUGGACCCUGGGGAACCCCAACCAUGAUGGGAACGACCUGUUCUUGGUCGCCGUUCACGAGCUGGGCCACGCCCUCGGCCUGGAGCACUCCAAUGAUCCCACUGCCAUCAUGGCUCCUUUCUACCAGUACAUGGACACGGAGAACUUUAAACUACCUCACGACGACCUGCAGGGCAUCCAGAAGAUCUACGGUCCACCCGACAGAGCCCCGCAGCCGACCAGGCCUCCGCCCACGGCGCCCCCCCCUCGCUUCCACCUCCCCUCGGACCCCCGCAAGCACGACCGCCACGCCAGGCCACAUCGCCCUCCGCAGGGGGCCAAGCCGUCCAACCCCAACUCCAAGCCCAACAUCUGCGACGGCGGCUUCAACACGCUGGCCAUCCUGCGCCAGGAACUCUUUGUCUUCAAGGACCAAUGGUUUUGGAGGGUGCGGGACAACUCUGUGGUCCCUGGAUACCCCAUGCAGAUCAAUUACUUCUGGAAAGGCUUGCCUGCCAAAAUUGACACCGUCUAUGAAAACAGCGAAGGAAAAUUUGUAUUUUUCAAAGGUAACCGCUUCUGGGUGUUCAAGGACACCACUCUGCAGCCGUCAUACCCUCAGGACAUCUCGCUGUUCGGCAGCGGCAUGCCCACGCAGAGCAUUGAGACGGCCGUGUGGUGGGAGGACGUGGCCAAGACUUACUUCUUCAAAGGAGACAGAUACUGGCGGUACAAUGAAGACAUGAGAACCAUGGAUCCAGGUUAUCCCAAGCCCAUCACCAUCUGGAAGGGCAUCCCCGACUCUCCGCAGGGGGCCUUUGUGGACAAAGCCAACGGUUUCACGUACUUUUACAAGGGUAAGGAGUACUGGAAGUUCAACAACCAGCUGCUCCGCGUGGAGCCGGGCUACCCGCGCUCCAUCCUGCGCGACUUCAUGGGCUGCGACGGCCUCCCCCCGGACCCCGACUGGGACUGGAGCCCGCCGGCGGCCGAGGAGCGCCACUACGACAGCGGCGACGCCGACGUGGUCAUCAAACUGGACAGCGCGGGCGGCACGGAGAAGGCGGUGGCCAUCGCCAUCCCUUGCGUCCUGGCGCUGUGCAUGAUGGUCCUGCUGUACACCGUGUUCCAGUUCCGCCGGAAGAGCACGCAGCGCCACAUACUGUACUGCAAGCGCUCCAUGCAGGAGUGGGUGUGAGCUCGGAUGGAAAGGUCUCAAAAUUGCCGCGUUCCGUGAUGCCCGGCAGAACUGCACAAAAAGGAGACUGAAGGCAGUGAGGGAGCCAUAUCUCAUAAGUCCUGUGUAUUUAUCUACUUGGACUCUUUUCUCUAACAAACUCAAUGGAGCGAGUGCGACUUAAGCUCCUGUAUGUAAGUGGACCUUUUUUUUUUUUUUUUUUUUUUUUUUUGUUUUUUUUUGUCCUUCCUCCUGUCUGCACACUUGCUUGAAGAAACCCCCCCGAGCACCGACCAAUUAGAUUUAAGCUUUUGUUCUCAAUGAAAUCACCCUGAGCUGUGCUUUUUUUUUUUAAAAAAAAACAAACAAACAAACAAACAAAAAAAAUAACAUUAAAUUGUAUGACAGACUGACACACCCACACACACGCGCGUGCAAAUAGUGUGGCCCUUUUCUUCCAAAGUGGAUCUUUUUCCUCACUUUUUGGUCACACAUUCUGAUUUUUUUUUUUCCCAUAUUUUGUGAAGAUAGCAGGCAGCGUAUAACGUGAGGUUAAAAAAACCAACAACAACAACAACAACAACAAAACCAUUAACUUCAACCAGCUUGGGACAUUUUUAUGUUUUUAUUUUGUAUUGUUCAUAAGCAAACACUCAAAGAAAUGGUCUCGUAGCUGACAACUGGAAUUCUUUGAAAAUUCAGCCCCAAAAGCCAGUUUCACUCACUAAUGUGACAUUGUGUGGACAUGUUUAUCACGAGUAGACGCACACACACACACAAAAAAAACCUCAAGAACCUACGCCCCAAAACACACCAAAGUCAGAAGACGAACGCAGUUCUGUGUCAAAGUUAGUUUGGCAUUGCAGAAGUCAAACGCCCCCAACCCUCGCUAACCCAAAGCCUAAUCCUAACCGUUUCUAAACAUUUCUGUGGAAUUGAGCUUGGUUUUAGCCCCUUUUGUUCUGUUGCGUCCAUCAACAGCUGCAUUUCGUUCAUCUUAAACGGCUUUGCUAAUCCAUUUUGAUAUUGUUUCGUGUUUUGGGUGUAGCACAUGGGAAUGGGGAAGAACGCAAAAGAGGACAAAAAGCCACCACGGGAAGGAUGUUUUCUGUGAAAAGGAUCAUUGCGCCUCAAGAUACGACGUGCAUGUCAAUCGAGUGGGACGAAAAAAAAUGCAAAUGACGUAGUUUUAUUAAAAACAAAACAACUGAGAUGAAUAACAAUAAAAACAAUUGCUAACAAUAGAAAGAAACAAAUCUUGUGUAACUACUACCACUGCUUGCAUUAAUGAAUAUAUUUCUAGAAAUAAAGCUCCUCUAACAAAUAUUUCAUAUAUUCUGUGCCAUUAUAUAUCUAAAAUCAAAUAGUUACACGCUAGACAAUGUCUAACCAAAGUACGAUUAAAUGAUAUUUAAGAUGAUUUGAGCAGCUUCCGACAAAUAUGUAUCAUAAAUGCAGACUUCGCAGCUUAGUGGGACUUUGAUGGAACUUUUGAAUGUGUGCUUGUUCAACUUGAAACAGCCUCCGCCGCUCAGUAAAAAGUGUGCCAAUCUUUCAUUUCAAAUUGGUGGAGCUUUCGCAUCAUCAUUUUGGUGGCAAAAGAGGUUGGCGGCAGCUGGGGUAAAUGGUCCUAAUUGCUGUACAGUUUUUUUGUUUUUUUUUAAGAAAGCAGACCCGACCACCAUCUGCGACGGUGUUCGGGUUAUCGCUCUUGUCAGUCGUCGCAUUUGAAAGUCAUUUAAAGUGAACGUGUGUGCGUGUAAUGAACUGUGGAUUUGUGGGUGCAAUAAGGCCAGGCGGGACUGUAUUGAGUACCGAGUUUAUCGUUAGAGACACAGAAGUGCGUUUGAAGCUGUUAUUUGAUCUCCUGGACUUCCAAUUGCAUUCAUCUGUUUUAUUUAUUUAUUUUUUUUAUUUUUUUUGGGAGAAAAAGACCAAUUACAAGCUUUUCAAACUGUUCUGUUUUUUUUUUUUUUUGCUCUGCCUUUCAUCCAACUUUGUGCUGCUAAGCAUUUAGGGCUAAGACAGGAAGUAGUGAUGCAACUAAAGGAAGUUUCGAAGUUUUCUUUUGUUUUGUUUGUUUGUUUUUACUCCCGACACGUCUGAGGCCUCGUGUAAUAGCACUAAACUUAUACUAUUGCGUAUAUAAUGUACAUAAAGUGGAGGAUGCUGUCUGAUUGAAAGAUUUUUUUUUUUAAAUCCAUCUACUACUUCAUGGGUAAAGACAUGCUGUGUGUUAUAAAUAAUAAAAAAAAAAAAAAAAAUAAAAAAAAAGCAAGUGCAUAAUGAA